AGGUCUACUAACGUUAGCUCAGCAGCACAUUAGGACAGAGAGACAUUCAACAGAGAAGACGUUAUUUUGCGGUGAACAUUUCUGAAAGCCAAUGUUAACUUUCGGAUAGUACAGUUUGCUAGACUGUCUAGCGUUUAAGGGGGGGCUAGCUUUCAGUUUACUCGCUGGUGUUCUGCGGUGGAAAUAGCAAAAAAUGUCGUCUCCAAGUCCGGGUAAAAGGCGAAUGGAUACCGAUGUGGUGAAACUCAUCGAGAGCAAACAUGAAGUCACCAUCCUCAGCGGACUCAAUGAAUUUGUAGUGAAGUUUUUCGGACCACAAGGAACGCCGUACGAGGGAGGCGUGUGGAAGGUGCGAGUAGAUCUUCCUGACAAAUACCCUUUCAAAUCGCCAUCAAUAGGAUUCAUGAACAAGAUUUUUCAUCCCAACAUCGAUGAAGCGUCAGGAACAGUGUGCUUAGAUGUCAUCAACCAGACAUGGACAGCCCUUUAUGAUCUGACCAACAUCUUUGAGUCGUUCCUGCCCCAGCUGCUGGCUUACCCAAACCCCAUCGACCCUUUGAAUGGAGACGCAGCUGCCAUGUACCUUCACCGGCCAGAGGAGUACAAGCAGAAAAUCAAAGAGUACAUCCAGAAAUAUGCAACAGAGGAGGCUCUGAAGGAGCAGGAGGAGGGGGCCGGCGACUCUUCAUCUGAAAGCUCCAUGUCUGAUUUCUCAGAAGACGAGGCCCAGGACAUGGAGUUGUAGUGAAAGGAGGGCUCCCCCAUCCCGCCCCCUCCUUUUAACCCCCACAGAGACUAUAUUUGAUUUCCUAACCAUGAGAAAGCAGACUUAUAAUAUUCAUAUUUAAACAAGUUGAUUUUUUUAUUAUUAUUAUUAUUACUACUAAACAAGGAUUUUUAUGGAUAUCUAGCCUUUGGUGUGUUUGACAGACACCCCUCCCAUUCUGUAGCUGUUUCUCCCCACACAGAUGUCGCGAUUGCUUUCAUAUUCUCUCCCUGUCAUCUCUGCAUUUUUAAGGUGUAUCACGUAGUCAUAGCCAGAAAAAAAAACUCCCCGUGAACUGCUCAUUUUGUUUUUUCAAAUUUCACUUUUUAAAAUAUAUCUUUCCAGUUUGACCUGAAUUCUGAUUUUUUUUUCAUUGUCUUUUUCCAUUAUACCAAUAGAUUCUGACCGAUGAUUUGUUAGUUGCUUCACUGUAGAGCUGCUUAGGUCUUGCUUGCCUUGGGUGCACAGCUCUCAAAUAUCAUCCUGUAGUCAAGACAGUAUUUAUUAAGAUGUACAAAGACACAAGAUAUCUGAUUAUACUUAACAUAAAAAUAAAAAAAGUGUUACACCAAUAGACAGUGUAAAAGGCUACCCUAAAUGCUGCGUAAAGCAACUUUUUCAACAUAUUGAUUGAGGCAUGUCAGGACAAAAAAAAAAAAAAAGGCUUUUCAGUUUGCUACCUUGGCUGUUACUUAACUUUUUGUUACUCUUUGUCGACCUGCUGCAGCUGCCUGUCAAUGUGUGCUACUGCAGUGCAAGAUAAAUACUGAACAAGGUUCAUGCCUUAGGGAAAAAUAUACACACAUAUAUACAUACAUACAUGUCUUAUUAAAGGGUGGGAGAUAAUAUGGUGAAAAAGACAUAUUUUGGGUUCUUUGAGUGUUGAUCUGUUUGGACGUACACUAGUUGCACAGACUGUACUGAAGAGUUGUGCAUGAAGGCAAUGAAGAUGGCUCCACUCUGAGGCAUUUGUGGAGAUUCUGGUCAGACUCAGUUGGUAUUAUGGGAAAUAAAAAAUAGACCAGAGCUACUCUUUAACCAUUGGACCAUAUGAAUUUAAUAAUUCAUUCAACUUGCACUGGUUUUCUGUCAGGAGGCACCUUAAAACACGGGUAGCGAACGUUCUCAUCGUGCAGGAUUCAAAUGAAUUACAAUCAUCUGUACUCCUGCUAUUAAACAAAAAUGUAUCCUCAUUAUUGGUCAUUAACAACCUUCAUGGCUGAGUGUUGAAAUCACCUAUUCAGGUGACACUGGAUUUAGGAAACCAGCACCAAACUCUGUUGUAAUGUUGGUGAAAAGAAACAAAAAUGGUAAUAUGGUUAUUGAGCGGAUCUGAGUGAAAAUGAAGAGUGAUAUGUGGAGCUAGAUUCGGGUUAGUGUUGUAUCGGUCCUCCUUACAUUCCGCCGUUACCUGGAGUUCGCUCCAAUGCAUGCCCCUUCAUAUUGGUCUGACCUGUGGUAUGUACACCGACUGCAUCGACUGGACUGCCUACCAGAAUUGCUAUUUGGAUUACUAGUUUGAAGAAAUAGGACCCGAUAUAUGACAUUUAGGCUUGUAGCAAUUUUUAUUGAGGGGAAUUAUUUUGACAUUGAUUUGAUAUGUACAGAUUUGACUUCUUAAAAAAAACAAAAACUCUGGUGUCAUUCAUUGUUGAUUCAAUGUGAAAGGGGGAAGAUGUAAAUCCAUGAUGAGUGGAAAGAGAUCGCAAUCGCAGCUUUUUUUUUUUUUUGACUGUUUUUCCUACUUUAUUUCUUGUACUCUCACUUUUUUGCCCGAUGGGGGGGUCAACACGUUUGGAUUUUUUUUGUGUACAGCAUCUACCUUGUACAGUGAUAAAGACACCUCUCUGUAGCCUCUUGGAAAAGUCAGUGUUGAACCCGAAACACUGAGCAGGCGUCGCUUGUUGAGGCGAAUAUGGCAGUCGAACUACCUAGAAAACCUUGAAAUGUAUUCACUUCAGAGAUUGCAGUAACAAAACAAAAAUCACUGGCUGCUUUGUGGCAGAUUGUGGAUCCCAAGUAGGAGAUUCAUAGCUGAAUCAUAGCAGGGGGGGGUUACCUUAUCACCUCUGAUUUCAACUCCCCUCUCCUGUGCCUCAUCUCUAAAGGAAGGUGACCAUUGAGGAAAUCCCCGAAACCAUGUUUUUCCAAAAAAGCCAUGAAGGUGGGAAAAAAAACUAGAAAAGCACAUUUUUUUCACAACAUACUAUUCUUCACCUCCUUCCGCAAUUUGAUCCUGUAUUACAGUUGUGAUUUGACAUCUCAAUCUUCACUCUGUUGCAGAUUAGGGGAAUAACCCAGGGCUGAGUGGCAUUGGGUUUUCUUUGAGCUAAUGUAGGGUUGUUAGACUUUUAUGGCUCAGGUUUGAAAUACAUGAGUUUGGUUGUAUCUUGCAUAGUGAUUAACAUUUAGCACCCAAAAAAGGUAUUGAAAGGAUGGAUAUCAUGCUAAUAUUUGUUGAACUGUGUUUUUUGACAUGUCAGGAUAGUUAGUUUUGCUGGGUGGUGACUUCAACUAAACAACAUAAUAUGCUAUAUGGCUGUAUUACAGAUAGAGUUUAGCUAGUUUGGUAUACUUACCUGAUAAAAGCAUUCAUUGCUCAUCUGACUUUUAGUUAGUGUCUGUCGUGUGAUAAUAUGUAAGAUACUCCAUAGACAUGCCUACUUGUCCUCCUCCUGCAGAUUCAGAGUUGUACAGAUUGAGUGUGAGUGAUUUCAAACUAGGGUGACGUUUGACUUGUAGAGAGCCUGAUAGAUCUAACUGUACAGAAAUCAAAAGUGUGGUUCAGCCCCCUUACAAGACAUUGGAUUUUCUACAAAAGGCCAUGACUUAAAACACGAUUCUGUGCUCGUAAUUCUCACCACAUUUGAAUUUUGAUUUAAAACCGAGAUGCGUCCUUGGUUUUUUUUUUUUUUAAUUUCCAGUAUUUAUCAGAAGAGUUUGACUGUUAAAAGCUACGGGAUGAUAAAUUCUCUCCUUCAGCUUGGGGGAGCGUUCGGAUAUUCGCUCAUGGUUAGCUUCCAGCUGUACGCGGCCAUUUUUAAGAGUUAACCUGUGUGAUAUUAGACAUGUUCUAGGCAGUAUAAAGCUAUGUGACUGUUUUACAUGUGUUCAGAGUGGCUGUGGUGAAGUUUGUGAUCCGCAUCCAAUCGAACAGAACAAACCUGCAAAGCUGAAUACAGAUUCCAUGUCUCACAAUUGAGUUUUUCUCCCUAAGCUGCCCUUAAAUGUGUAUUUAUUCCUUAAAGAGAUAUCUUUUUUUUUUCUUUAAAAAAAAAAAAUCUUAAUCAACAAGCGCCACUGAUGUAAGUUAUGGUUCAGAUAAAUAAAUCACACAGAGGAGAACUUUAUGUUAAGUAAUCCAGAUUGGAAUAAUUGUUUUACUUUACACCUGUGCAGUAUUGUACUUGAGUGCUGAAAAUAUAGUAUAUCCCAGUUGAGAAUUUUAAUUAAAAAAGAAGCACAUUAUGAUAUCAACUAAUGAUAUUUUUGUCUUUUUCAAAAACACGACCCUUGGUUUGGUUUUCAGCACCGUGCAUCUUCUAGGCAUUAAAUUGAUGAUAUACUCAGCUGUGGCCUGGUGUUGCUAUGGUAACAUGACAACUAUGUGAUCUUUUCAGUGGCCUCCUUUGUUCUUUUGUUACUCCCCAGACUUACUUCUUCAACGUCAAGAGGAAAAAUUACUGCCUUUUGUUUUUCAGGUUUUCUCUAACCUGAGUCAAGAACUAAAGAAAAUGUCCUCAAACCAGUGAAUGAUAAUACUUACCUUCCUAAAUUAUUUUUUGAAAAAGUAUGGAAAUACAUGUUUAUUGUGCUUUUUAUUUCAUUUCCUUUUGGCUUUCCCCCCUCCUCCUCUUCUGCUUUAAAACCACAGAAUUACAGAGAACAAUGUCUUAACUAUCCAGAGUUUUAAACAGUGACUCAAAACUAUUAGACUUCACAUGAUGGGAUUGAUGAGGUCUAACUGUAGACCUGCAGAAAAAGUCGAGUCCAGAGCCAUAGCCCUCCAACCACACUCUCACAGCCCCCCCCCCACCCCACCCUCCACACACACACACACACACCGCCGGACACAAUAAGGAUGAAGGGCCUCAGCAAAGUGAAUGGACUGGACUAUCAUUAAUCCAUAGACAGGACGUCCAGGGCUCAAUCUCCAUUUAUCAGCACAGCUGCAGAGAGCCAGCACCCUGAUCCUGUAAUACCACCACCCCCCCCACCCCCCAGUGUGUUGACCGUGUCUUCUCGUGCACUUGCAUGCUUCUGGUGUGGAGUUGAGGCUCGCUUGGUGCACACCAUCCCAUUCUGUCUUGUGCUUGUGUGGAUAUGUGCCCUGUGCUGGCCUACUGCUGCCAUCAGGGGACUCAACAGGCACACACAGCAUGGAAAAUAGCAGUUUUUU